CAAGAAGGUUAUACUUUUAGUUCUCCCUGGCCGGCAAGGCUAAGCAAUGUGUGAGCUGGAGUGACCUUUAUGCACAAUGUCUUUCCAAAGGCCUAUCCAGCAGAACAACAAUUUGGUGGACUACAGCCCUGGCCCAGCUUAUAGCUUGUACUCUACGCACACAGGUAGUCCACAAGUGGAUAAUAAAAGGAUUCAAAUGCUGGCAGAAACAGUGGCCACUUUGCCCCGGGGACGAAAGCAGAAUGCUUUGACGAGAUCAAGUUCUUUGGGUGACUUCUCCUGGCCACAGAGAAGGCUGGUUACUGUGGAAAAGCAGGAUAAUGGCACAUUUGGAUUUGAAAUUCAGACUUACCAACUGCAGAACCAAAAUGCCUGUUUGACUGAGAUGUACACAUAUAUCUCUAAAGUACAGGAGGAAAGUCCAGCUUACCGCUCUGGACUGCAGACUGGUGAUGUCCUUGCUAAUGUCAAUGGAGUUAACAUGGAAGGUUUUACUCACAAGCAAGUGGUUGAAUUGAUAAAAUCUGCAGGAAACAGGUUAAGGCUAGAGACAGUUAAUGGAACAAUGAUUCUCAGAAGGGCAGAGCUUGAAGCCAAGCUGCAGGUUCUGAAGCAAACCUUGAGAGAAAAAUGGGUGGAGUUCCGAGCUUUGCAGUUACAGGAACAGCGCCUGCUUCAUGGUGAUGCAGUUGACAGCUCGGGACUGGAAAGUUUGCAAUCAGAAGAAUCUUUAGCUGAAAGCUCACCAGGACUGGCUGCCACUUACCAGAACCGCAACCACCGCCUUUCCAGUGAAAGCAGCUGUAAGAGCUGGUUGAGCUCCAUGACCGUGGAGAGUGAGGAUGGUUACCAAACGUGCAUGUCUGAGGAUUCUUGCCAGGAAGCCCUGAGCCGGCAGACGAGCACGGAGGAUGAGUGUUUUUCCCUCAAGGAUGGUGACCUGGCGCUGAGGAAAUCUUCCACCAGGAGGAACAGGAACACCAGCACUGCCAGCAGUGGUUCCAUGUCCCCCUUGUGGGAAGGUGGCGGCACCAAUUUUGUCAGUGUGUUUGGGACUCUGCCACGAAAAAGCAGACGGGGAAGUGUUCGGAAACAACUUUUGAAAUUCAUCCCUGGCUUGCACCGAGCAGUGGAAGAGGAAGAGAGCCGAUUUUGACGAGGGAGGAGCCCUUUUCAAAUGAGCUUAUCCCGCAAGGAGCAGCAAUGACACAAAUAUGUUGGAUGGUCUGAACUUCAGCUCUAUCUGGCUCAGCAGAAGUGAAGAGAUGGCUUAUGAAACUGACAUGGGACCUCAAGGCAGAAGUGGCCUUUAUUUAAAUGAUUCAUCUACAUUUUGUUGCUGUUGUUGUUGUUUUAAAUUGCUCUUCGACCAACUAAAUUUGGAAGGGACCUAAGUCCAAAUCUGC